AUGGCGACCAAGGAUCCGACUAGGCCCAGACGGCCACCUACAAGAUUUGCCCAGAAGUACGGAGUUUUUAAGGAUAUGUCCAGGCCUGAUAUUGUCAACGCACUCCAAGGCUACAAGAGCGGCCGUACUCCCGUCAGCCCCCACAGGUCAGAUGACUCAGGGAGGCGGAGAAAUUGGAAACACGCAAUAGCAGAUUAUCAGAAAAUGAUUAAUGGGGGGUUCCCAAUGGAAUGGACGAGGGCCUUGAGAGCAUAUAUACCAACUGCCGAUGCUGAUUUUGCUGACCAUUGGCUGAAGUAUGAACUUGACAAUAAAAUACAUCCACUCAUUGACGGACCUCAGUGGGAGACGCUAAAUGGGUGUUUCAAGAGCUAUCCACCGCCGUUGACAGGCGAUGGACACGAUAGCUUCAUGAUAGCCGACAACCCAAUCGUUUGGAAGGCACUUAAGCCUAUUUUACAACUAACCACUCUUUACUUGGAUAACUCAGAUCUUUGGCCGUGGUGGGACGCGUUGCUGAGCGAUGCGGGUUCUGAUAACAAGAGAACAGAGCCAAGUCCACAUAUUCCUGGGGCGGAGAAUUUAUUCUUCAAGAUGCGAACACCGGAACAAAUCCAUAAGAAAAAAGUUCCAGUAAAAGAUCUUUUAAGGGAGAUGGCUGGCAAGUGGUUCUUUUGUUUUAGAUCUAUGUAUCGCGACUGCUCGGAUGGCGGUCCACAAGAUCACCACUGGUGGGGUAUAACGGUUACAUGUGGAGGGCCUGGAAAAAGUUCCGUAACUCUUGCUAAGGAGUUGAUCAGUCCACUUCUUAAACCCGAUUUGACGGAACCAGAAAGGAUCGUGAUGAUUAAUUUUGCUGCGAGAACCCUUGCCCAUGAAAUUUCCCACGCGGCAGUUAUGCAUUAUGAAAAACGUAUCGAUCCGAGGCGACGAAUGAUGAACAGAGCCCUUUCAGAACCCUACUUUGCAGACGAGGGGUGGAAUGAAGUGGGCCAUUCUCUGGAAAACAACGUCCUCAAGUCCCACCAUCGCCUAAUUAUGUCCAACAAUGGCCUGCCGCUGCUGGUGUAUGACGAGAGCUUUCCUUAUCCUGGGACUCACAGAGACUACGAGGACACCAGGUACUUGCCUCCCGGAAAAGCGUUGGAGCCGCACACAAAUGUUCGGAAGUUAGUAUCCCUCGAAUGGAUGCGAUUGUUUCUACACGGCGAUUUCUGGGACUAUCAUGUUCGCCGGUACGGAGGAGACGCAUUGAUUCCAGAUGAUCCCCUAGCUGAACAACAUGUGUUUUGGGAACGAGGUGGAAAUACGGGAAAUAUUCCACCUGUAACUUGUAUAAAAGAUGUAGCGAUACGCCCCGACGUUAAAAUCAGGCUUGACAUGUCCCCUGGGGAACAAAUGGUGGCGACGACUCUAAAUAUACGCAGAACUUUACACAGACUUGCUCGAGAAAGGCUCGGCCAGGUAAUGAACGAAGGAUAUGGUCCGGGUCCCAAUGGCGGUUUCCUUCCAAUACAGCCCGGAAUGGGCCAGCAAACUCACCAGGAACCGAGCGGACCUCAAGAACCAGGUGUCCCGCAAGCGCAGGGAACAGAACAGGCCCAAGGCGGGCCCCAAGUCGAAGGGCAGCCACCAACGGCAGGACCAGAGGGGCAGGAAGUCCCGCCCCAAGCUCCAGCCCCAGCUCCAGCUCGAGAACCCCGCGACCCCCCCACCCCAACUUCAGACUACGAGCUACCCGACGAACCUCGCAUGGAAAUCAGAGCAAGCGACGUAGUUUCAGCCAACAAGAUCGCCUCAUACCUCAAAUACUUCCGCAACUCCCUCGGCCUCCACAUCGUAGCAACUUGUACAGAAGACGGUCUGUGGUUCCACCUAUACCAUUUAGUUAAAGAAUCUUCGGGGGUGAUUAUCACUUUCGAGGAUUGGAAGAUCUUUCUGCGCAUGUGCAAUUCGGCCGAUGCGAUGCUGAGCUGGAAUGCAGAGUCCAAGGUGGUCCAUUCCCUCACCUCGGGUUGGGAGGCCAUCCCACCCAGUGAGCCACCGGUUGCGCGCCCGUCGUAUCCCGAACCGACCCUGUCACAACCAGAUCUCCUCCGCAUGAUAGAUCUGGUGAGGAGGUAUAUCUUCCGCUGUCCAGACCACAUGAAUCCCAAGUCCGUGACCUGGCAUGAUGAGAUGAGGCUCGUUCACCAAUUCCACACCAUGGUGGACGAGGAUGGCCUCGACCUCAGCGUCGCGAAUUUCAGGUCGAUUUGUCUUACGUAUUUCAAUGCCUGUUGGACAACCGGCCCCAUCGGCUGCCUCCAAUGGUCCGCCCCCACCUACUUCAUCAAGAUGCUCGACGCCGUCCUGAAAUACAGCGUAGCCGCCGCCGAAACCACCGACAUCGGGACCAUCCUACCCAACGACAUUGUGCGGGACACGAUCAACAUCGCUUUUGAGGGGAACGGGGUAUACCAGGACGACUACGCGUUCGUGGUGCACACGCGCGGUCGCUUGGCUGAUAAUCAGACAUGGUGGGAGCUGGCGCUGCUGCAGCUGUUGCCGGACUAUUUCUCUGUCGCGAUGGUAAACAACGUCCGCCAAAUCAUAUUCAGCUACAAACACACCUACACCCGCGAACGCCUCGACAGGCGCAUGACCGACGAGCAGCAGACGGCCAUCUACCUCUUCAUGCACCGGUACCACGAGGACCAGCAAGCGAAGCGGAAGAUUUGGCCGAGGGAGCUGAGGGAGAUAUAUAAUAAUUACCAGCAGACUGAGGAGUUGAAGGUUCAUCGGCCGAGAUUGUUCUUGUCGUGUUUUGAUUUGCCGAAUAAGUAUUGCCGGAUUAAUGAUGCGAGACAGAUUGAGUUUGCGCCCGCGCCGGAGAAGCCUGAUCCCCCAACUGAGGGCGAGAAUGCACAGGGUGGGAAUGCACAGAGUGGUGGUGGUGGUGGUGGUGGUGGUGGUAGUGGUCAGGAUCCUCAGGGGCCAGCGCAGGGUGGGGGCCAGCAGGGAGGGAAUCAAGGUGGGACUCUGGGUGGUUCUCAGCCUCAGGGAGGACCCCAGCCCCAGGGAGGUCCUCAAACUCAAGGAGGAUUUCAACCUGAGGGGGGAUUUCAGUCGCGGGGAGGAUUUCCCGCUCAGAUUGGGUCUCAGGUUCAGGGAGGAUCUCAGGCUCAUAUGGGAUUUGUGGCCCAGGGAAGACAGCAACCCCAUGGCGGAUUUCAGGCGCAGGGAGGACAGCAGCCCCAGGGAGGGUUCCAGGCUCCGGGUGGAUUCCCCGCUCAUGCUGCGUCUCAACUCCCAGGCGGAUUUCAAGCCCAGAUGAGAUUCCUAGCUCGGGGAAGACUCCAAGCUCAGGGAGGACAGCAACCUCAGGGGGGGUUUCAGGCUCAGGGAGGAUUUCCGGUUCAGGGGGGGUCUCAUGUUCAGGGAGGAUUUCAAGCUCAGAUGAGACGUCUAGCUCAGGGAGGACAGCAACCUCAACGAAACUCACCCUUCCGACUACUUACACGGGAAGAGCAACAGAUACAGGAGGAGCAACAGUUACAGCAACAGAUACUGGAGGAGCGACUGCAACAGCAACAACAACAACACCAAUAUCAACAACAACUACUACAGCUAUAGCAGCAGCAGGAAUAUCAACAACAGCAACAGCAACAACACCAAUACCAGCAAUACCAGCAAUAC